GAAACCCGAGUUCCAUUCUCUGCAACAAAUCGAGGGAAAAAAAAUGGGUUUCUUUUCUUUCCUCGGAAGACUCCUUUUUGCCUUUAUCUUCAUCCUCUCCGCUUGGCAAAUGUUCAAUGAAUUUGGAAUUGAUGGUGGGCCUGCAGCAAUGGAGUUGAUACCAAAGCUAACUCUUAUCAAGAAACAUAUGUCUGCGCAAUUGAAAGUGAAAAUGCCAGAUAUUGAUGUAAGACAGGUAGUCGCAACCGCAAUUGCUUUGAAAGGACUGGGAGGCAUUUUAUUUGUAUUUGGCCAAACUUUUGGAGCCUAUCUUCUGCUUGUCUACCUGGCAUUCAGCGCUCCACUUCUGUAUAAUUUCUACAACUAUAACUCCAGCGACCCCAGAUUCCAGAGUCUCUUAAGUGAUUUCUUGCAGAGUGUUGCAAUGUUUGGCGCAUUGCUUUUCUUCUGGGAAAUGAAGAACUCAAUCCCAAAGGGGCAACUGAAAAAGAAACCCGCAACAAAGGCAGCUUAGAUGAUAUUGAAGAAACAAAAUAUUCUAGGGGGCCGGAAGUCAUGAAAUGUUGCUAUGCAGUGCGUGACAUUAUUUUGUUGAUCCAUCCAUCCCAACUGCCAAGUCAUUGCCCCAGCCUUUAUGACUGUUAAUUACUGUUUUGAUUGUUUAUUAGGUGAGAAAAGUCGAACUCAGGUUGUUUGCCCUUAUUUCUUUCUUUGGCAAAUUUAAUGUUGAGCUAUAAAUGUUAGCAUUAGACCGCAGAUGCCUUGUAUUUUUUAUGGACGUCAAUAUAAGAUCAGAAAAGGA